GACGGUAGCAGCAGGUUAGCUAAGCACUUCGUGUUACUUAAAGAUACAAAACCAUAUCCUUCACGAUCGGACGGCCAGAAAAACGUCAAAUAACCUUUAGCAAAAUCGAAAGGGAAUACAUACACUGUCAACAAAUUGGUGUGUUCUCGACUUGUCGCCUCUCAUCCUCUGAAUUUCGGAUCUAGCAUGGCAGGCGAGGUUCGUGCUCGAGCCAGGCGGCGAUGGAGAGGAGCCCCGGUCAUCCUCCGUGUGCGGCGCACGCUACUCGCCGCCGUCCUAUACUCCGCCCCCAUGGAUAUGCACCACCGCCACCGACCUCUCUCCCGUCGCUUGGUAGCCGCCGUUCGGGGGCGCCGCCCGGGAUUGUCGUCGCGUCGUGGCUGUCCGUCUCCUCGAUCGUCGCCGGAUCAGGAGGCCACACUCUUCCUGGCCCUGGCGCAUCUAUCCCCGGUGCCAGAUCGAGCCUCCCCACGCCCAGUUGCGUCAGAUCGCGACCAGUUAAUGCUGUGACCAUUAUUGAAGGUUUGCGUCUCGCUAGAUCCACUCGCCGGCUAGAGCCCGAGGGACGCCGGGAUGCAAGGGGAGAGGAAGGAGCGAAGACGUACGUGGUGUGCCUGCUUCAUGGCAGUCGAGGUGGUCAGGUGGGGAGGCGAGCAUACAGCAGCUACGUGCCUGCUUGCUGCGUCGUGGAUUCGACGAUGGCGGGUAUCUGGCUGCAGUUUGGUGCGACGUCGAUGUACCAGACAGAGAGGCUGACCGAAGUAUUGGAGCCGAAGUAUUGGAGUCCAAAAAUUAUUAAGCUAAGGGAGCAAAUAUUAUUAAGCUGGACCGGAGAGGCAGUGAGGAGGCCCUCCCAGGAGGGUGAAGCAGCCUCCUCUAGAUUCUGAUGAGACGAGGGCCGCGACUGUGGCCUUGACUACUGCCUACUGGUGCGAUGACGGAGAGGGGAGAAGCAUGCAGAGGCCGCUCACUUUCUACAUCGCGUCAUUGUUGUUGGUUCGCUACGACUACCUGGGACCUCGAGGGAAACUGUUUUAAACACUCGGGUGGACGUCCACCCAUUUCUUGCAUGUCAUCUAAAUGGUUAUGAAAAAUUUUCAAAAAAAUUGACAUGAUAGGUUAAUUUGUAAUAUAUCACUU